CGGCCCUUCCCGCGCGGCCCUUCCCGCGCGGCCCUUCCCGCACGGACACCGCAGGUGAUCGGGAAGGGCGAGGGAGGGGAGGGCGGCGGUGACGUAGGAACUGGUGACCCCCCGGUCGGGGUGGGACCGGGGCUCUCCGGGCUCCUCUUUAUGUCCCGUGAGCGGCACAAAGCGGAGUCUCCGGGUGUGUUUUUACCGGUGCUGAUGCAGCGCUGGGAUGCAGGUGCUGCCCUGAGAGGGACACAGAACUUGUAUGUUCCAGGAUCAUGGAUUUUCCAGGACACUUUGAGCAAGUCUUCCAGCAGCUCAAUUACCAGAGGCUCCAUGGCCAGCUCUGUGACUGUGUCAUCGUGGUGGGGAACAGGCACUUCAAAGCCCACCGCUCCGUGCUGGCCGCAUGCAGCACCCACUUCCGAGCACUGUUCACGGUGGCUGAGGGGGACCAGACCAUGAACAUGAUCCAGCUGGACAGCGAGGUGGUGACGGCCGAGGCCUUCGCCGCGCUCAUCGACAUGAUGUACACGUCCACGCUCAUGCUCGGGGAGAGCAACGUGAUGGACGUGCUGCUGGCCGCGUCCCACCUGCACCUCAACUCCGUGGUGAAGGCCUGCAAGCACUACCUGACCACGCGGACGCUGCCGCUGUCGCCGCCGAGCGAGCGCGCGCAGGAGCAGAGCGCGCGCCUGCAGCGCUCCUUCAUGCUGCAGCAGCUGGGGCUCAGCAUCGUCAGCUCCGCGCUGGGCUCCUCGCAGGGCGCCGAGGAGCCGCCCGGCUCCGUGCGGAGCGGCCUGGAGCAGCGCGCCGCCUUCCCCAUGCGCCGCCUGCACAAGCGCAAGCCGCCCUCCGAGGAGCGUGCCCGGCAGCGUGUCCGGCCUGCCGUGGACGAGCCUGGGGCUGACGUGGCCGCAGAGGGCGGGCAGCCCGUCCACUCGCGCGAGGAUUUCUUCUCUCCGGACUCGCUGAAGAUCGUGGACAACUCCAAGGCUGACACCGUUGCUGAUAACCAGGAGGACAACACGAUCAUGUUUGACCAGUCUUUCGGUGCUCAGGAGGAUGCUCAAGUGCCCAGCCAGUCGGACAACGGCGGGGCAAACAUUUCCCAGAUGUCCAUGGCGUCCCAGGCCACACAGGUGGAGACCAGCUUUGACCAGGAGGCUGCUGCUGAAAAGAGCAACUUCCCAUGUGAGAAUCCAGAGGUCAGCCUGAACGAGAAGGAGCACAUGAGGGUGGUGGUGAAGUCUGAGCCCUUGAGCUCCCCAGAGCCCCAGGAUGAGGUGAGCGACGUCACCUCCCAGGCGGAGGGCAGUGAGUCCGUGGAGGUGGAAGGAGGAGUGGUGAGUGCGGAGAAAAUCGAGCUGAGUCCUGAGAGCAGUGACCGCAGCUUCUCUGACCCACAGUCCAGCACUGACAGGGUGGGAGACAUCCACAUCAUGGAGGUGUCCAACAACCUGGAACACAAGUCGUCUUUCAGCAUUUCAAAUUUUCUGAAUAAAAGCAGAGGCAGUGGCUUUGGAGCCAGCCAAAACAGUGACGACAACAUUCCCAACACCACCAGUGACUGCAGGAUGGACAGCGACACCUCUUACCUGAUGAGCCCAGAGUCGGGGCCCGCUGGUGGCCACUCGUCCGCCACUGUCUCCCAUGUGGAGAACCCAUUUAGCGAGCCCGCGGACUCCCACUUUGUGAGGCCCAUGCAGGAUGUGAUGGGUCUGCCCUGCGUGCAGACCUCUGGGUACCGGGCAGCGGAGCAGUUUGGCAUGGACUUCCCACGCUCAGGCCUGGGCUUGCAUUCGCUGUCCCGGGCCAUGAUGGGCUCGGUGAGAGGCGGAGCCGGUGGCUUUCCUGGCUACCGCCGCAUCGCCCCCAAAAUGCCGGUGGUGACCUCUGUGCGGGGCUCCCAGCUGCAGGAGAGCUCGUCUGGGUCCCAGCUGCUGAUGAACGGGAGCACGUCCUUCGAGAGUGGGCACCUGUCGCAGCCCGGCCCCCCGCAGCUCACCAGGGCGUCUGCGGAUGUGCUGUCCAAGUGCAAGAAGGCGCUGUCGGAGCACAACGUGCUGGUGGUGGAGGGCGCACGGAAGUACGCCUGCAAGAUCUGCUGCAAGACCUUCCUGACGCUCACGGACUGCAAGAAGCACAUCCGCGUGCACACGGGGGAGAAGCCCUAUGCCUGCCUCAAGUGCGGGAAGCGCUUCAGCCAGUCCAGCCACCUCUACAAACACUCCAAGACCACCUGCCUCAGGUGGCAGAGCAGCAACCUGCCCAGCAGUUUGCUCUAAGGCGCUGCCCCGGGGCUGCCGCGGUGGGGCUGGCGGACGCUGCCGUGCGGUGGUGCCACACACACAGAGCCUCGGCUCUGCCAUUGGGGAUAUCCGGUACCUACCUCGCGGGGUGUCGCGGGCUCAGCCGCCCGCCGGGAGCUGCGCAGCGGGCAUGGGGAUGUGACCCCCCACAGCGAAGCACCCCCUUUGCAGGGCAGAGGGGUGACAGUGUGGGGAUCUCAUGAAAUAGCACGUUUAGAGAACAAGAAACUGAAGUGCAAAUUUCAUUUUUUUUGGUGGUUUUUUUUUUUUCUCUAAAGCAUUUUGUAACAGUGAAAGCAUUUAAAUAAUUAUUGUAACAUGAAUUGCUGCAUUAUGUGUGGACAGUAGCGCAGACCACUUACCUUUAAAAGAGAAAAACAGCUUUGGCUGCACCUGUCUGACAUAAUGCUUUCAAAUACGCUAAUUAUAACAAUAGUUCUAGGAUUAUGAAUGUAUGUUUGGCUGUUUUGUAGUAAAGAACACUGUGUAAUCAAGGUGCUUAAAUUAAAUACCAGACAAGUAA